AUGGGAAAAUCCGAGAGCCAAAUGGACAUAAUGGAGAAAUCACCCAAACAAAGAAAAUAUCGUUGGACAUUCACAGAGAUCGGUUUGUCCAUCCUUCUGUUGCUGAUGAGCUGUGCUUUGGGUGGACUAAUAGUGCUCUAUACAACGGCGCUGAAAGAGCGGUCCAACAGAAUUGGAGCAUCCAAAGGGCCACAGCAUCGGACUAGCACCAAUAAUGUGUGCACUACCCCCGAAUGUGUCACAGCAGCUGCCCGACUGCUCCAGAACAUGGACACCAGUGUGGAGCCUUGUCAGAACUUCUAUCAGUAUGCAUGUGGAGGGUGGCUGGAACGGCACGUCAUACCGGAGACCAGCUCUUUCCACAGCGUGUUUAACAUCCUGAGGGACGAGCUAGAGAUUGUGCUCAAAGGGGUCCUGGAGACUGACAACAAACAGGAUCGGGAGGCUUUUAAAAAGGCCAAAACCUUGUAUAGGUCCUGCAUGAACGAAAGUAUAAUUGAGCAACGUGAUUCCCAGCCUCUACUGAAACUCAUUGACAGUAUUGGAGACUGGCCUGUAGCUUCUGAGGAUUGGAACAGCACAGCAGAAGAGGCCUGGAGCCUUGAGGACACUCUAGCUGUUCUCACAGCCCACUACCACAAGAAAGUUCUGCUUGACAUGUUUGUGUGGACAGACGACCAGGACUCCAGUCGUCAUAUCAUUUAUAUUGAUCAACCAAGCCUUGGAAUGCCAUCAAGGGAUUACUAUUUCAAUGAUGGAAACUACAAAAAGGUGCGAGAAGCUUACCUGCAGUUUAUGGUCUCCAUGGCGAAGAUAGCCCGGGAGGAUAGGAACCUGACCCAAGAUGAUGACCGUGUGUGGGAAGAAAUGAUGCAAGUGAUGGAACUGGAGACAGACAUUGCUAACGCUACAUCACCUGCAGAAGAGCGGCAUGACAUCACUGUGCUAUAUAAUAAGAUGACUCUGAGAGAAGUACAGGAGAACUUUGGCCUUAACGGAUUUAACUGGACCAGGUUCAUGCAAGGUGUCAUGUCCACCGUGUCCAUUGAUGUGCAGCCAGAGGAGCAGGUGGUGAUCUAUGGCUCUCCUUACUUGGAGAGGCUGGGCGAUGUUAUUUCCAAACACCAGCGGAGGACAUUACAGAACUACUUGGCCUGGCUGCUCAUCAUGGAGAGGGUCAGCGGCCUUAGCCGUCGCUUCAAAGAAGUUCGUGCCCACUACAGAAAGGCCCUUUACGGCACCACAGUAGAGGAGGCACGCUGGCGGGAUUGUGUGCGUUAUGUCCAGGGCAACAUGGAGAACGCAGUGGGUGCCCUGUAUGUGAGAGAGACCUUCGCUGGUGAGAGCAAGCGUAUGGUCAGUGACCUUAUUAGAAAGAUUCAGGAGGCAUAUGUGGAGACCCUGGAGGAGCUGAGCUGGAUGGAUUCUCAGUCUAAGGAGAAAGCAAGAGAAAAGGCAAUGGCUAUUACAGAGCAGAUUGGCUAUCCUGACCAUAUCCUGGAAGAUGACAACAAUAAGCUGGAUCAGGAGUAUGCUCAUCUAAAUUUCAGUCAGGAAAAUUACUUUGAAAACAUCCUAGAGAACUUGCAGGCCGGUGCUCAGAAAAGUCUGAAGAAGCUUAGGGAACCUGUAGACCCUGACUUGUGGAUAAUCGGUGCAGCUGUGGUAAAUGCAUUCUAUUCACACAACAGGAACCAGAUAGUGUUUCCUGCUGGAAUCCUGCAGCCUCCUUUCUUUAGCGAGAAGCAACUCCAAGCUUUGAACUUCGGGGGCAUAGGAAUGGUUAUUGGACACGAAAUUACACAUGGCUUUGAUGAUCAUGGACGUAAUUUUGAUAAGGAUGGAAACAUGCAUAACUGGUGGAGCAACUACUCUGCCGAACAUUUCAAGGACCAGUCACAGUGUAUGGUGCAACAGUAUGGCAAAUACAACUGGAAGUUAGCAGGAGGGCAAAAUGUCAGUGGAAUUAGUACUUUAGGGGAGAAUAUUGCUGACAACGGAGGAGUGCGGCAGGCCUAUAAGGCGUAUAUGAAGUGGGUGGAAAGGGAAGGUGAAGAGCCUCGUCUACCUGGUCUUGACAUGGAUCACACACAACUCUUCUUUCUAAACUUUGCCCAGGUAUGGUGUGGUGCCUGUCGACCUGAAUACGCUAUUCAGUCCAUCAAGACAGACACACACAGUCCACUGGAAUACAGGGUGUUGGGCUCUCUGCAGAAUUUUGAAGCAUUUUCUGAAGCAUUCCAGUGUGAACCAGGGACUCCCAUGAAUCCAGAAGUGAAGUGUCGGGUUUGGUAG